UUAUUAUUAUUACUAUUAUUAUUAUUAUAAUUAGUCUUUUUUUUAUUACUAUUAUGCUUCAUUUAGUGCUUUUGUUGUUUAUUGUUUUGAGUCUUUCUUUUCGAUUUUAUUUUGUAUAAAUUGUAUUAUUUCUAUACUAUAGUCAUUCAGAUCUUUACACUGGAUACUUCUAUCAAUUAUAUAAACAUAUUACUAUUUGAUAAUGGAAUUGUAAGCCAGUAACAGUAGACACACACCAUUGUUCAUGCUUUCUACUACUUUUCAUCCGCGUGACUCUGCUCGUGACUCUUGCACCAAAAUUUUUUUUCAUCCAAAAUUUUUCAAAUUGGCUAAUAAACUACGGCACCUAUUCGUUACACUACUGCUAAUUUAAACAGUUACUAGUACUAACGCUAGCACCAACACGACCAUGUUGAGAAUAUCUAAUAGUAGAAAAGUGGGAGUGAGUUUGAAUAGCAAAGUGGGAGGAUUAUCUAAAUUAAGUCAAAGAUAUUUAACAUAUAGAUUAUCAAGAUUACCUGCUUUAGAAGCUAUUCAAUCUAAGAAGAGUGAUUUUAAAGGAUUAUUCUCUAAUAAAGCCAUCAAUGAAGUAUGGUUCAAUCGAGGUGAACAAUUAGUGGAUGGGUUAAAUCAAAGUAUAGAGCAAACGUUUGUUACAGAUGGUGAACAUUCACUUCCAAAUAAUUUACCAGAUUUAAUAAGUUCAACCAUACAUAAACCUGAAUUUUAUGGAGUUUAUUGUUAUUCAACUUUAUUAUAUAAUUUACAAUUCUUUAUGGAAAAUAUAAGACCAAGUGAAAAUUCUGCUCAUAAAAUUACAAAAGCUGAUUCAAAUUCAUUAUUAGCUAGUCCAUUAACUGAAUUUAAUAAUGAACCUCGUGAUGAAUUAAAGAAAUGGAUUAAUGAUUCCUUUGGAUCUUUAAGAGAAUUCAGAACUUUAUUACUUAAUUCUGCUAAAGGAAUUAAAGGUGAUGGUGUUACAUGGUUAGUGGCUGAAAGUAAUAUUAGUCAAACUGCUAUAAAUAAUGGUGGAACAAAAUCAGGUAGAGGUCCACAAUUUGUUAACUUAAGAGUCGUUAACACCUAUAAUACUGGUUAUGUUGAUGAUUCUGUAAGAUCAGGUCAAGUCAAUCGUUUAAAGCAACAAAAGAAAGUCAGAGAGGCUUCUUUAAAGGCUAAACAAUUGGAAAUUCAAGAAAAAGAACAACAACAACAACAACAACAACAACAACAAGAAUCCCCAAGUAAAUCAGAACAAUCUAUAGUGAAACAAGAAACAGUUGAAGAAUCAAUUGAUGAAUUAACCUUAGGAACUAUCGAAGAAGCUGAAUUAAAUGUUUUAUUUAAUGAUAAGAAAUUGGUACCUCUCUUAGCCAUUGAUGCAUCACCAAGAACCUACUUAUUAGAUUAUGGAGUAUUUGGUAAACAAAACUAUUUGGAUAAUGUUUGGGAAUGUAUCGAUUGGGACGUUGUUGCUCAAAGAGCUCCUCAAAGAACUCAAUCUAUUAUUGGGGACUUAUAUUUGUAAAUAGCUAAACUUAAAUCAUCGUA